GUUCAAAACAAUAUCGGUAAUACAUAUACACACACACAGUAUAUAUGUAUACAUAAUAUGUGUAUGUUCCGAUUGGGGUAACGCGUAUAACGUUAUCACGUCUUGGUGUCUCGUUAUCACGCCGCUUUUCACUUUUCGCACAGCAGCAGAACUCAGCAGCUCUCGACGACCACUUCCCAGACCCUUCGACGGCUGUUCGGUUGAUUUUUUUUUUUACCGUAAUUUUAUUUAUCACCCAUUUUAUUUUAUAGGAAUUAUAUUAUUUUGUUUUAUCCUUAUCGCGUUCGGUCCGACGCGUUUACGCACUCCGAGUUACCCCCGACGGUUGUACGUUGUAAGCUGUUGUCUUGCACUCGACCGCCACAACCGUCGUCGUUAUUUGUUACAGUAAUAUUAUAUUGUCAAUAUUACAAUAAUAUAUACUUGUCGCUCGACCGUUGUUUUGCUGUGCUCGCCGAAUCGCCGUCAUGUCCAUCCCGUGCGGUCCGUCUGCGUGUCGCAGCCUGUGUGUUUGUUGAUCGACCGCUAACGACGACGGAUAUGCCAUAUAUGGUGUCCGCAGAAUUCCGACCGUGUCCGCUAAACCAACGUUAUGCGCUACGCAGUGGGUACGUUCCGCACAGCUGACUUUGGACACUGAGUCCGUCGAAUUGCCAGCGACACUUUUGUUCCUGUCGUCCGAACAGUUACGUGCACAGUACUUGAAGGAAUGAGAGAAAUGGACGCCCUCAAAGAAGACGAUAGAAAGAGGAGAUUGCUACUUCUCGAGAAGAAGAUCAAAGAUCCAAGAAGCGUGUCCAACGUAGACUCUUUAUUGGACACUGUGCAAGCAUUAGUAGCAGAUUGUGAAAAUCCUGCUGUCAAACGUAUGAAAAAUGUUGAAGCUUUUAUGCAUAGAUAUGAUCAAUUCGCAUCUGACAUAUGUCAAUUACGUAUGAAACCUGAUGAUUUCAAUCUCAUUAAAGUUAUUGGACGAGGAGCGUUUGGUGAAGUCCAACUGGUGCGACAUAAAUCCAACCACAAAGUUUAUGCCAUGAAACUAUUGAGUAAAUUUGAAAUGAUAAAACGAUCAGAUUCAGCAUUUUUUUGGGAAGAGCGUGAUAUUAUGGCUCAUGCCAAUUCCGAAUGGAUUGUUCAACUUCACUUUGCUUUUCAAGAUCAUAAAUAUUUGUAUAUGGUUAUGGACUAUAUGCCAGGCGGUGAUCUUGUAAAUUUAAUGUCAAACUAUGAUGUUCCUGAAAAGUGGGCAAAAUUCUAUUGUGCUGAAGUGGUUUUAGCGCUUGACGCAAUUCACUCAAUGGGAUUUGUACAUAGAGAUGUAAAACCAGAUAAUAUGCUCCUGGAUAAAUUCGGUCAUCUGAAAUUGGCCGAUUUCGGAACAUGCAUGAGGAUGGGACCGGACGGUAUGGUAAGAUCAGAUACAGCGGUGGGAACACCGGAUUACAUUUCCCCUGAAGUGUUAGAAUCUCAAGGCGGAACUGGAACGGGAGAACACGGCAUUUAUGGCAGAGAAUGUGACUGGUGGUCGGUUGGCGUGUUUGUAUACGAAAUGCUGAUAGGAGAUACGCCGUUCUAUGCCGAUUCAUUAGUUGGAACGUAUAGUAAAAUAAUGGACCAUAAAAACUCAUUAAGUUUUCCAUCGGACAUUGAAAUAUCUUCAAAUGCUAAAUCUUUGAUUUACGCUUUUCUUACUAAUAGGAAAAAGCGACUCGGGAGAAAUGGAAUCGGAGAAAUUAAAGAACAUCCAUUUUUCAAAAACGAUCAAUGGACGUUUGAUAAUUUAAGAGAUUGUGUACCUCCUGUUGUGCCUGAAUUAAACAGCGAUGACGAUACAAGUAAUUUUGACGACGUGGAAAAAGACGACGGUCCCGAAGAAAAUUUCCCAGUUCCUAAGGCUUUUGCUGGAAAUCAUUUACCUUUUGUCGGUUUCACUUACUCUAGAGAUUACCAAUUAUUGGGAAACAACACCGUUAAUGGUCAAUGUUUACCAGACACUAAAGAAGCUACCCACAUUGGUACACUUAAAAGGGAAUUGGAUAACGAAAGAAAAGAAUUGUCAGUUGUAAAAGAACAGAAUAGUAAACUUUUAGAACAAUUGCAAGAUGGUGCUAACAGAGAACUGAUGUUGAAACAAAAGUCAUCGGCAUUAAAUACUUCCAUCGCUAAUCUCCAUAAAGAUCUGAGAGACGCACAACGAAAAGCUGACAGUGAAUGUGAAAUGCGUAGAAAGACUGAAGCGACAUUGCAAGAAAUAAAACGUAAACUUGAUGAAGAACAAAAUAAAAGAACAAAGGAGAUGAACAAUAAUCAGCAACAUAACGACAAAAUUAAUUCUUUGGAAAAACAGAUGUUAGAACUGCACGAAAAGUUAAAGACAGAGACUGACACCUGUACAAAGCUUCGUAAACAAGCUGCUGAACUGGGCGUGGCUAAAGCGGCCAACGAGCGCAUGGCGGCCGAGCUACAAACAAUGCUGACUACUUUGCAGAUUAAUCGUGAUACUUUGCAUGAGGAAUUAGCCACUUUACAAGGUCAAUUGUCUCAAGAGAGAAGUUCUUUACGCGACUUGCAGUUAGAGCUUGAAGGACGGUUACAAGCUUGUCAAGCAGAUCUCAUGCGUUCAAAAGUCAGAGAACAAAAACUUAGUGAAGAUAACAGACAACUUGGAGAAAGAACAUCCGAACUGGAAAAAGAAUGUGCUUCUUUAGUAUUAGAACUCAAAACUGCCCAGUCUAGGUAUCAGCAAGAAGUAAGAGCACACGAAGAAACGGAAAAAAGUCGUUUGGUGAACAACGAACAGGCUAAUCUUGAAAUCGUAAAAGCACUACAAACUAAAUUGAGCGAGGAAAAAAGUGCUCGACAAAAGGCUGAUUUCCUGACGCAAGAAAAAGAAAGACAAAUAUCAAUGUUGUCUGUUGACUACCGUCAGAUACAACAAAGACUUCAGAAACUCGAAGGUGAACAUCGUCAAGAAGUUGAAAAGAGUAAAGCUUUACAUGCUCAAAUUGAACAAGAAAUGACAAAAAAGUCUGCUUUACAAAGUGAGUUAGGAGCUCAUUUAUCGGAAGCAACACAACUACGAGCUAGAGAAGCACAAUUGUCACGUGAAGUCACUUUGCUAAGAGAAAACAAACGGGCUAUUGAAGAAGAAUUGCAUAAACUUAAAACUGAGCACUCUGUAGUGGACUUGCAAAUGAGAGAGUUACAAGACCAACUGGAAGCUGAACAAUACUUCUCGACAUUAUAUAAAACUCAAGCGGCCGAACUUCGUGAAGAAGUCGAAGAUAGAGGAAAGGGCGCAGCUGAGCUAGAAGAAGAACGUGGAUCCUUAGCCCAUCAACUACAAAUAGCCUUGGCUAGAGCUGACAGCGAAGCGCUAGCGAGAUCUAUUGCUGAAGAAACUAUAGCUGAUCUCGAAAAAGAAAAAACAAUGAGAGAACUUGAACUGAGGGACAGCCAAAGCAGACACCGUAACGAUUUGGAAUCUAAAGAAUUUACUCUUAACAACCUAAGAGAAGUUGAAAACGAAUUGAAGAAAAAAAUGGAACAAUUAAUUAAAGACAACGACGAUUUAAAAAAUCAAUUGGGCGUAAUUCAAGAAGAGAGUAAAAAGAGUUUUAGUGAAGAACUCGAAAAACUUCGUAAGCAAUUGAAACAAGAGCAACUGUUAAAAGCUCAGGCUGUGAAUAAACUAGCUGAAAUUAUGAAUAGAAAAGACAAUACGACCAAAACAAAGAGUAAAGUGUCAUCAGCCGAUCUGCGCAGAAAAGAGAAAGAAUGUAGAAAACUACAACAGGAGCUUACCCAAGAACGUGAAAAAUACAACCAAGAGGUUACAAAAUGGCAAAAAGAACUCCAAGAACUACAGUCGCAGGUAGUCGAGGAAAAUGCUAGUAUAUUAAGACUUCAAAUGGAGUUGGAUUCCAAAGAUUCAGAAAUUGAACAACUUCAAGGAAAACUCACUACGCUGGGUAGCGAAACGGCGUCAUUAAGCAGUGCAGAUAACGAUGAUAUAGACAUAUACACACAAGAGUCUAGAUUAGAAGGUUGGCUGUCUGUUCCUAAUAAACAGAAUAUUAGACGACACGGUUGGAAAAAACAAUACGUCGUUGUAUCUUCGAAAAAAAUAUUUUUCUAUAACUCUGAAAGUGACAAACAAAAUACCGAUCCCAUUUUGAUAAUAAACCUAAAUAAAGUAUUUCAUGUACGGUCUGUAACACAAGGUGACGUCAUUCGUGCUGAUGCCAAAGAUAUUCCUAGGAUAUUCCAAUUGUUGUAUGCCGGCGAAGGUGAAGCUAGAAGACCGAACGAAAGCGGUCCAGAACAUCUUUCCAGGAGCACAAGCGUGACCAGUACUAUCGAUGAAAAACCUGGUACUAUCACGUUAAAAGGACACGAAUUUGUUCAAAUAUCAUUCCACAUGCCAACAAACUGUGAAGUGUGUCCUAAACCACUGUCUAAUGUGUUCAGACCUCCACCCGCACUGGAAUGCAAAAGCUGUAGAAUCAAAGUACAUAAAGAACAUUUGGAGCGUAAAGAAGACGCUAUUGCGCCAUGUAAACUCCAUAACGAUCCUACAUCGGCCAAAGAGUUGCUAAUAUUGGCACCUAAUCGAGACGAUCAAAAACUAUGGGUCCAGAGAUUGAGUAAAAAAAUCCAAAAGUUUGGUUACAAAGCCAACACCAAUCCUGAUGGAUCUAAAAUUUCACCAAGGGAAUCAACACGCUCUACCAUGAAGUUGUACAGUUCAAAUGCUGCCCAUCAAAGAUCUGCUACGUUGCCAUCAAAUAUGUCAAAAUGAAAAAUUACAUUAAAUACAAUACAAAAUAAGUCAUUGUGAGCAGAGCUAAUUCACCUAAUACCUAAUGCCGGACAUAUAUAUGUAUGUACACAUAUGUAUAUAAAUAUACAUAUUAUAUUUGAUGAAACAACAUUUUAACAGCAUUGAUUCAUUUUUACAACGAAAACAAGUAUAUUUUUAUUAUCAUAAUAAUUUAGGUUUAUUAGACACAGGUUUCUUUGUAAUAAUUAUUUAGGUUUAUUUGAGUGCUGUAAUGGUAGCUUUUUUUUUUUAUCUCCAAUAGUUGUAUUUAGUUGUCCUCGGGGCUUAGGAUCGUAUCGUCUCGAUGAAAAUUCUAAGUUACUCGCAAUGACUGAUUAUUGUGUAUAGAAAACUCUGUAUUUUGCUUCAUCUGAUGAUGUUAUUAGCCAAAAAAUAAAAAUAAAAAAAAUCUGUAUAUUCUGUACUUAUUAUUGUACAUCGUUCCUUUUGAUAUACACAAAACCUUUUUUUUUUUUUUAUGUAUACUUUUGAAUAACCGUGUAUGUACGUCUCGCCGGAAAUCGAUAAACACAAUGAAACGCUUUACCUAAAAUCGGAGCUCAACACUCGUACAUUUUUAUUGUUGGUAAACAAAAAUUACAGUUUUCUUUUUUUUUUAUAUAUAUAUAUUAUAUUUAUAUUUUAAUAUAUUAUUUUAUCGAAACUCAUAAAAUAUUACGUCAAUGUUACCCAUUUAAGUUGGUAUAGACCACAAGUAUAUUAAUUUUUUUCUAUUAUGUAAUUAAUCUAUUUUGUAACGUUAAUUCAUAUAUUUUAUGAUAAAUGAUGAGAACUAUUUUAAUGUGUUGUUGCCAUUGUUUUAGAAAUCAUUUUUCUGUUUAUAAUAAUUAUGAUUAUAUAUGUAUAAAACAUUUUUUUAUACGAAACCGUAAACUAUAUUAUUCUAAUUAUUUAAGUAAAAAUUGGUAAUACUUUUUUUAUUUUCUAUACAACAGUAAUUUUUUUUUUUUUAAACAUCAUUAAAGACUAAUAUAGUAAACCAACUAUACAUUCACACUUAUACGAAGAACAUUAAUGUGCAUUUAAAAUUCGUUUAUACGAAUCAACAUUCAUAGUGUUCAUUUUUCUUCCAAACUUUUAUUUAUGUUUUUAUAUAAUAUUAUAAAUUAACAGUAUUUAAUCCUAAACUCUGUUGGUUGAGCUUAAAAAUUGUGUCAUGCCAAACACUUGUACAAUAUUUACUUUGUGUUGAACAUACAAAAAAAUAACUUCUUUUGCUCAAGUAUGCUUUGAUAACUUUAAUUGUGAUAAAUAAUAAUAAUAUUUUAUGAUAAUUUCUCAAACGACAUAAGUUCUGUACUGUAACCAUAAUAAUUUUGUACUGUUUACGAUUAGCUCUAUCAAGUCAUAAUUUGAAUGUAAUUAUUUUUAAAAAAAAUGGCAAAUGCUUUUCAUCAGAACCAAACUCGUGUACAUUUUAAAAAUUGUCGUCAAGAGAAAAAUAACAUUUUAUUAUUAAUGAAAAAUCGAAUUAACCGCAAUAUUAAUAUUAAUACUUAUUUUUUGUUAAAUUGAUAAAUACAACGGUCGUUACUGUAUACUUUUUUCUUUGGUAUACGAUACAUACAAUGAACUAAAUACUUUUUACAAUUUAUACAUAUAUUUUUAUAAAAUUUUAUUUUAUGUUUGUAAUGAACAGAUCCAAUGUAUGUAGAUAUUAUAAUAUGUGUCUCCGGGCGUAGCAUAUAUAUUAAUUUUUUUGUUAGUUUAUUAUACUGUUGGCGCAGGACCCUUUUCGCUUUUGCGUUUUAGUGCUAGAAUUUUGAUACUAAAUUGCUAUUUUGAUAAUACAAUUUCUACGUUAGUCGAUACGUUAUUAAAUACUUUUAUCAUUAUUAUUAUUAUUUUUUUUUUUACAUUUAUGUAUCCUCGCGGUAUACAGCCGAAGCAACGAAUAUAAUUAAUUUAUUACAAACAAAAAGAGUGUAUGCCCGUACCAAAACAGCUCUCAUUAACACGCUUUUAUAUUAUUAUUAUUUGUAUUAUUACUACUGUGAUUGUGAUUUCAAUUUAUGUUGUAUAAAUAUAUAAUAUUAUACUCCAUAGCAGCUUUUCUAUGAAAUAUGUAUAAUACUCAAAAUAUGUAUACUAAAAUUUUUAAGUCUGGAUAAAGUAAUAACUAUGUAUGGUUAAGCGAAAGACUUUGUAUUCGGACUAUAAUAUCAAUUAACAAUUAUUUAUAUUGUUACGUAUACUUAUGUUUUUUUUAUGACGUGUAAAUUCAAUAAUAACUAAAACACCAAGUGUAACGUGUGUUUGUAUUUAUUUACAAAAAAACUAUUAAUUUAUUAUCAUAUA